AUGUCAAAUUCACGGCGAGGAAACUAUCAAAAUAGUUAUCGUGGGCAUGCACGUGGCGGGAGAAAUCCAAAUCAUCGUCAACAACACCAACAGCCAAUAAUUGCUAAUCAAUCUGCCUUCGGCCCACAAGAUGGUGGAUUCGAUACAAGUGGGUGGGGAAAUUAUACAAACUAUUAUCCCGUAUCACAGCAGAUUUUCAAUAACCAACCGCGAGGUAAUGAUGCAAGGCCUCGAUCAAAUUAUCAGAAUAAUCAAUCGAGACAGCAAACAUCGAACAAUACAGUACUCGCUUGUGAUGAAUAUUUGAGUGAGGAACAGGUAUUGAAAGAUAUUGCAGAUAAGAAAACUAUUCGAGGUGUUCUGCGUAUCAAUGCUAAACAAUAUACUGAUGCGUUUAUUAGCGAUCCAGAUAGUGGUUCCGACUUCUUUAUUGACAACGUUCGUGAACGAAAUCGAGCAUUGAAUUUAGAUGAAGUGGCGGCACAGAUCAAACCAAAACGACAAUGGAAAAUUAUUCCAGAAUUCACAAAUUUGGUCGAACAAUGCAUCCGUGAUUUACGUAAUGAGAAAACAUCAUCUGCGGAAAAGGAAGGAGAGAAACUCACUGACACUAACGUGCCAAAAAGUUCUCCAUCAAAACGUGACAAUAAACGCGAGACUCUCAAUACAUUGAACGCUCAAAAUAUCAAUUUAAGUGACGAAAUGAUCGAUAAAAUACCUGAUCAAUACUUUCAAAGAACGGUCAAAGUCGUUUUUCUUUUCCGGCGACGACAUAGUAUGAAAGCUGCUGGACUAAUACGCAAAAUGCCGGAUAAUAAUCCCAAUUUUGCUCUGUUUUCACCUAUGGACAGUCGUAUACCUCGUUUGAUGAUUCCGAUUGAAAACUGUCCAGAAAAUUUCAAAGAUCGUCCUAGUGAUUACGAAAAAUCAUUAUUCGUUGCCAGAAUUGUCGAUAUACCUGCGGAUAAGAAAUUUGCAAAAGGUGAGCUAAUGGAAAAUCUCGGCGAUGCAGAUACUGUUGAAGCACAAAGUAAAGCUAUACUGAUGGAAAAUGAUAUUCGAGACGAAGAGUUCAGUGAAGAAGUCAUUAAAUGCUUACCAUUGGAAAAAGAUACGUGGACUAUUCCCGACGAGGAAUUUUCCAAACGAUUAGAUCUUCGUAAGCAAUGCAUUUUCACCAUAGAUCCUGCAACUGCAAGAGAUCUUGACGAUGCGCUAAGUUGUGAACAAUUGGCAAAUGGUCAUUAUAAAGUUGGGGUACAUAUCGCUGAUGUCAGCUACUUCGUUCGAGAGCAAACACCUCUUGAUACUGAAGCUGCACAACGUACAACUAGUGUGUAUCUUGUUGAACGAGUGAUUCCAAUGUUGCCUCGCCUGCUAUGUGAUCGAUUAUGUAGUUUAAAUCCCGAUGAAGAUCGCCUGACAUAUUCGGUUAUUUGGACAAUGAAUGAACAAGGCGAUAUACUUGAUGAGCAAUUUACACGUAGUAUCAUCCGAUCGUGCGUGAAAUUAAGCUAUGAUCAUGCUCAGGAUAUCAUUGAGCAUCCGGAUAAACAAUUUCAGUCGAAUGAUCUUCCGUCUAUAACAAAUAACUUUACUGUUAACGAUAUCACACGGACGGUUUUACAACUCUACAAAAUUUCUAAAGCUCUACGUUCAAAACGGGCUGGUGCACUGACAUUAAAUCAACCUAAAUUGCAAUAUCAAAUGAAAGCAGAUACGAAAAUACCCUUAAGUUUCUCUAUAUACCAGCAGAAAGACAGUAAUCGUUUGGUCGAAGAGUAUAUGCUGUUAGCAAAUAUGCAAGUGGCACGUAAAUUAUGUUUGACAGAUCGUAUAUUUGAGAAAGUCAUUCUACGUCGUCAUCCACCUCCGAAUGCGUCAACAAUACAAAAUACGCUUAAACUAAUCAAAUCAUCUGGUAUUGAUAUCGAAGGCAGCUCAUCCGGUGAAAUUUCGAAAGCUAUUCAAAAAAUCAAGGAUGACUCGACACAAAAACUACUCAUACAUUUACUUGCAAAAUCUAUGCAGUUGGCAAUUUAUUGUUGUGCAUCAUGUGUACCUAAUAAUGACUAUUCACAUUAUGCACUCAAUGUCGAAUACUAUACACAUUUUACAUCACCUAUUCGACGAUAUCCCGAUAUUCUUGUGCAUCGAUUGCUUGGCGCUACGCUUGACUACAAUGAAAACCUUUAUCAGACGCCAAGAACACUCGAACAAAUUGCUCAAUUAUGUAAUGAGAAAAAGUUAAAUGCUAAGACAUGUUCAGAGCGCAGUGCGGAGCUCUACUUAGCUGUGCUUAUUAAAGAAUACGGCACGAUCUCUGAUGAAGCUGUUAUUGUCGGCGUUAAAGACGAAAGUCUGGAUGUAUAUCUCUUUCGUAUCGGCGUACCAGUCCGUGUUGGCAUUAACAAUUUACCAUUGGAUCAUCCGCGAACAAGUUUUCAGAAAUUAUCGCCGAAUCAAUCUGCAGAAUUAACAAUCUAUUGGAAAAAUAAUGAUCCACCACAGAUUGUUAAACAAGUUCUAAAAUCUUUCGAUAUUGUCAACGUGGAUAUUAUGUCCGAAUUUGACAUAAACAUGAAGAAAUUAAAAUUAACCGCACAACUACGACAUCCAAAUGCGGAGAAAUUAGCAACAUUGGCUAAACUUUGUUCGUCAACGAUGCUUGACAACCCAAUAUCAAUCCAGCAAAGACAAGAUUUUGAUCCAUAUUCUGAAUAUUAA